AUGAUCCUCAACGAGUCUACAGCCGGAAAAGCAGUAAAAGAAGCUUCGACAGAAAGCGAAAGCGUUAUUAUAAGGACUUAUGAGCUUAAAAAUAAAUAUAGCUUCGUAUUUUGUCUCAAUACCAAUUUUAUUAUAAUUGCAUUCUUUAAAUUAUCUAUGUGUUGGCCGAAGCUCUUGCGACAUUUUUGUAAAACUGAAAAUUCAAUCAGGAAGUAUGGCUACUACAUAAAUUGUCACAAGAGAUUUAUUAUUAUACUAACAGUUGCAGUUGGUACCGUAAUGUUGGAACAUUCAUUGGCUGUAGCUAAUACAUAUUUAAACAUCGAACCGAGCAAAUAUUUGGAACAUAAUAGAACACGUUUGGAACAAUAUUUUCGUGAGGAAUUUCCUUUUAUAUUUGACUACGUUGCAUAUAAUGUAGUUCUUGGUUUUACAAUAUUUACAUGCCGCUAA